AUGGCCGCUCUUGCUCCGCUGCCCCCGCUCCCCCCCCAGUUUAAGAGCAUACAGCAUCAUCUGCGAACGGCACAGGAGCAUGACAAGAGGGACGCUGUGGUGGCCUAUUACUGUCGUUUGUAUGCGAUGCAAACUGGAAUGAAGAUUGAUAGUAAAACUCCAGAAUGUCGUAAAUUUUUAUCAAAACUAAUGGAUCAGUUAGAAGCUCUUAAGAAACAGUUGGGUGAUAAUGAAGCUAUUACUCAAGAAAUAGUUGGUUCUGCUCAUUUGGAAAAUUAUGCUUUGAAAAUGUUUUUGUAUGCAGACAAUGAAGAUCGUGCUGGGCGAUUCCACAAAAACAUGAUCAAGUCCUUCUAUACUGCAAGUCUUUUAAUAGAUGUCAUAACAGUAUUUGGAGAACUCACUGAUGAAUAUGCAGUUAACCUACCUGAAUUUGCCCCUCUUUCAGCCUUUACGGUAUUGCUUUCUGCAAGUCCCCUGAAGGCUCCCCUAAGGGACAUUCGUCUAACACCAGAGGACUUUGCUAGAGCUCAGAAAUACUGCAAAUAUGCAGGCAGUGCUUUGCAAUAUGAAGAUGUCAGCACUGCUGUGCAGAAUCUGCAGAAGGCUCUCAAGUUACUGACCACAGGCAGAGAAUGA